GCGCACGAGAAAGAGAGUGAAGUGGGGGGGCGUGGGGGCUGACACGGACGGACCAUCGCAACUUCCCCAGCUUCACAGCCGCCUUCACGCCUACCAUUCGUCGCUACUUGGCACUGCCCAAGACGGGUGCCGUGCGAGCGCCGCCGCCCGUCGCUGCAGUCGACGCCCUCGAGGCCCUCGCACCUGCGCGCCAAGGCGAGUCUCGUGGCGUGCGCCAGCGCGAAGCUGCGCAGCCGCCGCCGCAGCAGCAAGGCGACUCGCUCGACUCGCCGAAGCGCUCCGCACUGGCGGCGCAGCUGGCCGCCAUGCGCGCACAGAAGGCAAGUGCGCCGCCGCCGCCGCCGAACUGGGCACAAGGCGCCAGUAGUGCGGCGGCCAUGAUGCUGCCUGCUGCCGCUCCUGCGGCUCUCGCGGCGCCGUUUGCGCUGCGCGUACAGCCCGUGCAGCUGCUUGCCAAGGAGGCCUUUGCGAGAUCGGCGUCUUCGCAUGCGGCGCUUGGCGCGGCGGCAUCAAGUUCAAGCUCGGGUGCGCUGCCGCGUGGGGUGGCCGACUUUUCCGCAUCGCACGGCUACGCGGCUGCUGUGCCGUUUGCGCUGCUGGCCAAGAGCAGCUCCUCGAGCACCUCGGGCGUCGGCGGCGCCAGUUCGGCCCUCUUUUCGGCGUACGCACAGGCGUUCAACAAGCCGCACGCACGCGCCGAGAGCGCGCCCAAGGCGGCCUCUGCCGAGGCGGCGGCACAGCAGCAGCACACGCGCGAGAGAAGUCGCAGCGGCAGGACGCAGCCCUGCGCGCCACUCGAGGCGGCGGCGCCGCCGGCGCCGGAACACGUGCGCGAGCGGGAGCAGCGCGAGAGACACGAGGGGCAGAGAAGUGCGUCGGGAGAGGAUGCGCAGCAUCAGCGCGGCAACAGCAGUAGCAGCACUUUGCGUGCUGCAGAAGUGCACCACCACGCCACGCUCGCAGCGACGGCGGCGGCGCCCAGUGAUCUGGUCGCUGAGCGUCUGCAUGCCCUCGUGCACGAGCAAGCGCAGCGCGAGCGAGUCGAGGCAUCGGCAUCGCACAGUCAGAGUGCCCACGCCUCUCCUGAUCGUGCUGCUGCUGCUGCUGCUGCUGCUCCUGCUGCUGCUCCUGCCGCUUCUCUGUCGGCAAGCACGGGCGCCGGCGGCGCAGGAGGAGGAGCUCGGCGUGUCACCGUCAAGGCUUCGCGCGUCCACGUGGCGCCUGCACUUGCGGCGCCUGCGCCGACACUCUCGAGACAGCCGAGCGCCAGUCGCGUCGUCAAGACGCUGCCGAAGAGCGCGGGUGCGCUGGCACUCAGUGCAUCAGCAUCAGCAGCAGGAGGCCAUCUCGAAAGCCUCAGCGAGCAAGCGUCGCCCACUGCUCCGCCGCGCCUCGACGGCACGGCCCCUGCCAUGGCGACCACGCGCGCGGUCAAGGAGACGCCGAUGCUCGGCGAGGAGCCAGUCAAGCCCGCAAGUGCGCAAGUGACCACCCCACCCGCGGUCGUCAUCGAGGUACUGGCUGCGCCCGAGGAGCCAGCGGCUGCGCCCUCGAGCGAGGCGACGAGCGCUGCUGCAGCGGCCGCCGCGACGGCACCUUUCCGCCCGACGUCCAAGGCGGCGGCGCCCUUGUCGAGCAGCGUGGCUGUGCCCGCCAGCAAGCCCUCGAGCGACGCCGGUGCCCGCAGCGCUCCGACGAGCAGCAGCCAUAAGAAGGCGAGCGUCUCGAGUGCCAAGCCUGGCGGUGGCGGCGGCGGCAAGGUGGCCAGCUCGACGACAAAGGCGCUGGCGGGCAAGAAGCAGCUGGUGGGGCCCUCGGCGGCACUGAUUGCGCGGGGCGUCAAGCCUGCGAGCCUCGGCAAGGCGGCGGGCUCUCGCGUGGCCAGUGUCUCGAGCACCAAGCCGGCGGCGCCACACACGAAGCCGCUGAGCAAGCCACCGCUCGCCAACGCCAUGGCCAAGGUCGCCGUGGCAAGCUCGGCGGCGCUCAAGAGUCGCCCCGCGCCAGGCCCUCUCGGCGCCAAGCUGGCCGCCUCGACAAGUGCACCUCGCGCCGCGGCGGCACCGAGCGCAAGUGUCAAGUCGACGGGCGACGCCAGCGCCAAGUCUGCGCCGUCUGGGCGGCAGCAGCCGGGCAGUGGUGGUGCUUCCACAGCUGCUGCUGCCGGCACCUCUGCUUCAGCGCGCACAGUGCCCGCCAAGCCGCCGGUGCGGCCCGUCGGCUCGCGUGUCGUCUCGGGCAGUCAUGCGUCCGCGAGUGCCCGCGCCGCCGCCGCAAGCAGCAAGGCUUGCAUCGAUGCCUCCAAGCCCGCUUGCGCCGCCGCCGCCGCCGCCGCCGCCGUCGCCGCAGCGGCAACGACGACGCAGCGUGCGCCCGCGGCGCGCUUCAUGCCCACGCGUCCGGCAUCGGGCAAGGUGGGCGCGGCAAAGGCUGCGGCGGCAGCAGCUGGCAAGACGAGCGAGAAGGCAGCGCCAUCGAAGGCCAAGCCUGCGGCACCGUCGGCGGCCGUGGCCAAGCGCGCCUCGGCGCUCGCGGAGCAAAAGACGGCGGCGGCGAGGGCACCGAGCGCUGCCGGCGCCGAGGAGCAGAAGCAGCCUGAGCUCGUGCAGAGGCAGGAGCCGACGCUCGAGGCCUCAACUUGCGCAGUCGAGACGCCUCAAGCAACGCCCCUCGUCGUGGCCGCAGCAUCUGGCGACUCCGCUGCGGCCUCGGAUGCCGCCUACGACACAAGCGCCGCCUUCAUCGUCGCGUCCGGCGACGCAGGCAUGGCGUCUCCGCCGUCUGCCAGCGCAAGCGCCGCCAGCGCUCAGCCGUCGCCGACGUCGAGCGAGCUGCGCGAGCUGCGCCGCACGCUCGUCGAGGCGCUCGGCGAGAGUGCGCAAGAGGUGCCUCUGCCUGGCCUUGAGACGCAGCAGCAGCUCGAUGCGUCAGAGAGCGCCGCCGAGAGCAAAGAGGAGCCGAUGACGCCGCCGCAGCAGGCACUUGAGCUCGAGGCCGAGAUCGCAGCGCCAGCUGUGGUCGAGGAGCAGCAGCAGCUCGAGCCCCUCGUCGAGGCGCUAGCUGAGCAAAUGCAGCCGCAGGAGGCAGAGGUGCACUUCGCCACGCUCGUCGAGCCCGAGAGCGAGCGGCAGCCAGAGCUUGAGACGCUUGCCACUGAGGAGCCUCAUGAGCUUGGUGUCGACGCCGCACCUGCGCACGAGCAAGUCAACGAGCCGCUCGGCCUUGCCGCUGUGUCGCAGGAGGUGGGCGCACCGAUGGCGACGGACGCACUCGAUGACGCUGCCUCGCCUGCGCCGGCCACGCUCGAGGAGCAAGAGACGGACGCGGCGGACGCAGACAUCGAGGAGCCUCCUCCGCAGACCGUCGUCGUCGCCCUCGUGGCAGCAGAGAAGCUCGAGGCAGCCGAGGAAGCUCCAACGCCCACAGUCGAGGAGCUCGGCACGCCCGAGGCGGAGCAGGCGGCCACCGACGAGACGCCUUCGUACGGGAGCGCCGAGCAGCAAGCGCUGCCGCCCGCAUCGCCGCAGCCUAUGCCUCUCGCCGCUGAGCAGCCGUCGCUGCUCGCUGCCGCCGAGUCGAUCGCUGAGCUGUGCGCCUGCGCGCCACAAGCCACCGUUGCGCCGGAGCUGCGCGGCGCCUCGCAAGCGUCCGAGUGCAGUGUGCCGCAGCUCGACGACGCCGCCGCCGACGCUGUGUCCUCCAGCAUGCCCGGCAGCGCAGUCGUCUCUGCCGCUGCCUCGCCCGCCGCGCGUUCAGUGCGUCGUGGCGCCCCCCAAACUCCCUCUCGCAACAGCGACAACAGUGCAGCCUCCUCCCCUCGUCGCUCCACGCGCACGUCGGCACGGCCCACGCCUCUUCGCACGCCGCUCGCUCCCGUCGCAAGCGCAAGCAGCAACAUUCCUCGUUCGUCGUCUCCUCUCAAGCCUCGUUCUGCCCUCUCCUCUCCCCUCAAGGCAGCAGCAGCAGCAGCUGCUGCUGCACCCCGUUCAGUCCGGUCUUCGCCCCUCAAGCCUCCUCGCUCCACCGCUUCUUCGCCGCUCAAGAAGACGUUUUCGCGCGGCGACUUUGCCUCGCACAGCGUCGGCGUGCCGGAGGACAACUCGGCUUCGCCCUCGAGAUGCUACAACGAGGAGUCCGAGUACGACUCGGAGGCUCUGCCCGACGACAGCAUCGAUCUUGUGCGCUUCUCCGCCUCCAGCCCCACCAAGCCUGUCCUUCAGCUGCAGCGUCCGGCCGUGUCACAGCAGCUCGACGCAAGCCUGACCGUCGACACCUCCUCCUCUGCUCUCACCGAGGACGACGAGCACUCCGUGCGCGCCGCGGCGCCGGCGCCGCUGCCGCUGCGGCGCAGCAUGCGCCACCGCAGGGGCGACAGUGGCGCCUCGGUCGUCGUGGCGCGCGCCGCAGAUGGCCGCGUGCAGCUCGUGUGCGGCUCGGGCUGGAGCAGUGAUGCGCCGGGUCCAUCCAGCGACACUGUGUUCUAGAUGCGCGCCCGCCGUCGUCCCUUCUCGCAAACCCUUCCUUCUCCACGCGCACUCCCUUCUCGCGCGACGCCCUCCUCUUCUUCCUGUAGUUUCGUACGCGUCACGCAACCUCGUUAACCCCCCGCGU